AUGGUGUUCGGUGAGCUGUUCAACGGAAAACGAUACCGGCCUAUAUACACUAUUAUCUUGAAUGCUAUUGGAUGUGGUGAAACCAAGCUCAUUGCAGUGCAGCAAAGCGCAGUACUUUUUGCACGUAAUUAUGUGGCUGUUCGACGCCUUGUCAACAGAGGUUAUAACAAGUCGUUUAUGUUCCUCAAGCAAUGCUCUGUCAAAACCAGUGUUGACUAA